UCGUAGACAUGGAGGAAGUAAGAGUAUUCCCUCUGUCCUGCGUGGUCCAGCAGUACGCAUGGGGUAAAGUAGGAUUGGAUAGUGAGGUGGCUAAACUAGUAGUGGGUGGGGACCCACAGGCUUCGAUUGAAGGUGACAAACCCUAUGCUGAGCUGUGGAUGGGAGCUCACCCCAAAGGUGACGCUCUCAUCAAAGAUAACAGGAUAUCUCAGAGGACUCUAGGGCAGUGGAUCGCAGACUACCCUGGUUGUUUGGGUGCAAAGGUCAAAGACACCUUCCAUGGACAGCUCCCCUUUCUCUUCAAAGUGCUGUCCGUGAAUACUGCACUAUCCAUUCAGGCUCAUCCCACCAGAGAGCUGGCAGCACGACUUCACGCCCAGUUUCCUGAACACUAUCCUGACAACAAUCACAAGCCUGAGAUAGCCAUCGCCCUCACACAGUUUGAGGGUCUCUGUGGCUUUCGGCCUGUGGAAGAAAUCAUCGCCUUUCUUAAAUGUGUCCCAGAAUUCCAUGCUCUGGUGGGUAAGGAGACUUCUGAGGAGCUUCAGAACAGUGUGGGAGAUCCUGCCCGUACCUCCCUCGCUCUAAAGAAGUGCUUUACCAGGAUGAUGAACUCUGAAAAGAAGGUUUUUGUGGACCAGCUCAAUAUGCUGGUGAAAAGAGUCUCAGAGGAAGCGGCUGCGGGAAAAGACAUUUCGGGAAGCAACGGUGAACUGUUGCUACGGCUACACUCUCAGUAUCCAGGCGACAUUGGGUGCUUCUCUAUCUACUUCCUGAACCGCAUUAUUCUCCGGCCAGGAGAGGCCAUGUUUCUGAGUGCCAAUGAGCCACAUGCCUACCUAAGCGGAGACUGUGUUGAGUGCAUGGCUUGUUCAGAUAACACAGUGCGUGCCGGACUGACUCCGAAAUACAUUGAUGUGAACACGCUAUGUGAGAUGCUGAACUACAAGCCUGCACCGGCCAGUUCCAAAAUCUUCCCCUGCGUACAGGACUCCUCAGACCCCUGUGUGUAUCUGUAUGACCCUCCUAUACCUGACUUUACAGUCAUGAGAAUACAAGUGCCCUCCUCAGUUAAGCAGUACACUGUUAGUCCAUUAGACUGUGCCAGCAUUCUGCUGGUGGUCCAUGGUGAAGCAUCUGCUACCUCUACAGCUGCUCUCUCUGACAUAACCCUCAGACGAGGGUCCGUCCUCUUCAUCUCGGCCAAUGAGAGCGUCUCUUUGCAUGUGACCUCACCAUCCGGAAUGACAAUGUUCCGGGCCUGCUGUCUCCUCUAGCCUGAAAUAUCCUUUAGGUUUGUUUACCUUCAUCUCAGCCGCACAGGCUCCGUAGGAGUAAACACCCUAACUUUGCUGCAUAGAUCAGAGAUAGAUCACUGACCCUAACUCUAUCGUUAUUGUAUUGCUGAUUUUAUUCAACUGUUGUCCAUUGUGAAAUUUAAUGAUACAUUUAAGGACAGAUGAACACCUACAGUACACACACACACACACAAAUACACAUGCGCAUACACAUACACACAUAUUUGAGACAUAUAUGUUAUGUUGAGUUAUGUUGUUUUCCCUUGGUCAUUUCCUUGUUUCUUUGGUUGAGGUGCUAGACUAAAUGAUGUCUGAUGAAACAGAGAUUAUUUUAAUGUUGAUUCUCUCUCUCUGUGUACUGUAAGGUGUAAAAUAUCCCACAUAAUCACUGAAAUUGGCAGAGAUGCUCACAAGUCAUUUUUUGCACAUCUAAGUCUCAAGUCUUUACUUUGAGGUAGAGUCCAAGUCAAGUCUCAAGUCUUUGAGGGGCAAGUCCAAUUGAAGUCUCAAGUCUUUGGUCACAAGUUCAAGUCAAGCCUCAAGUCUCUUAUGGUUGUAAUGAGCAUUCUGUCAUCUGCUGCAUGCCAUCCGGUCUGAUUAGAACAUUGCAUUGCUAUAUCUAAGGAAUUCAAAGCAUGUACUGCGUUAGCAUACAGUGUCAGCAUUGAUUAGUUGUUUGGGGUAUGAUCACUUUAAAAAGGCUAUUGCAGUGCAAUAUGAAAAGAAAAUACACACACUAUGAAAGCGUUCCUGGAAACUGGUUGAGCAAGACACAAGUCCAUCCCUAGUUUAAUUUUUCUAGUGUAUUUUAUGGCCAACAAAACUCUAUGUUUCUUUAUCAAAAAGAGAAAAAAACCAAUUUUAAUAUUCUUUUUAGCUAGGAGAGUACCAUUAAUGAUAAAGUAGUUGUGCAUGUCUUCAAAAAACUUUUAAUUGAACUAACACGCAUUUGUGUUUCUUAUUUUUAAACAUAUAUAGUCAUAAUUUGAGAAUAUGUAGAUGCAUUGCACGUGUGCAUUUAAUAUCACUUUGACAUUGUACCAGGCUAAGUGUGGAGGUGGUUUCGUCUUUUGGUUAUCGGGUAUUUGCACUAAGAUUGGUCGUGAGAGAAACGUGCUGACUGCAUCUCCACUUCUGCUGACUUGAGCCUGUGCACUCAGUUCUUAAAAACUCAUGCCAUGUAUAGAGACAGGUUGAACAACUCCAGGAAGGAUCUGUUACAUUCACCUUACACAAUGACACUUUUCUAAUGUAAAUAAUUAGUAUUUACAAGAUCAGAAAAAGUGGGAUGAAACAAGUCUUAACGGCAAUGCUUCUUGAGUGAAACAGACCUUCAAGGACCCCAACAGUUUUGUGCAAGUUACAAGUUUUUAGUGGUUCUUUAUACUUAACUGCCAAUGACAUGACUUGAAGAUGAAGAAAGAAGAAGCCAGUACGCCGAACAAUAGUUUAUUUACUUGUUACUGGCUUUAUUUCCUCCUUAAUUUAACUAGCUAUACUACUCUAAAGACCAGUGUUUGCACAAAAGAGUUUUGCACUAACAUUUGAAUAGUACAUUAAAAAUGAGGGAAUAUGCUGUCAACAAUCAUCCUGAUUUUAUUUAUUGUAUACUUUGAACAUUGAGGCUACUGAACAAAGCACAGGUUUGGGGUACGUUAGGGUAACUGAAUGGGCUGAAAGAUGUACAGGGUAUAACAAGGUAUAAGGAAUAUAAUCUCUCCACCCUAAAUAAAGAACAGAUAAGAUGGAUUUCUAAUUAUUGUUUAAAGAUAUGUCACUGUCCUUUACUUGUUUGUUCAAAUGAUUUGACUGGUGACUACAUACUUGGUUUGUGUUCUGCCUCUCUCAGAAUUUGCUUUGGAUAAAAGCGUUUGCUGAAUGAAUAACUGUAAAUGUGACGUAUUUUAAUGGUUCAGUUAUCCUGUUUUGUGAAAAAGCUCUGAGGAUCUGGAUUUGAUUUUCAAGACUGUGAGCAUUUCUCAUAUACUGGUACCAAAAGCAUGAUCUGGCAUCUUAUACUCCAGCAUGAGUCUGUAAAGAGAUAUUGCGCAU